UUAUUUUUUUUUUCCUGCAGCUUUAAAGCAACAAACAGUCAAACAUGAACCAGACGUCACGGUUCAUCUUUCUUUCUGUGUCCGACUUCCGUUCAUGCUCUGUUGUUCCUGGGUGUUAAAUGUAGGAGGGGUUGUUCUUGUUCUUUCUUUCUUUUCAUUUAGGAGGGGGGGAGGUGAAGUAAUGGGGAGGGAGGAGAGGUCGUCCGUUGGAGUCCCCCCCUCCCCUCCCCGCGGGGGCCCGGCUCCAGUGUGAAGGGUUAUGUAAGUUUCCAGCCUCCUCCCUCCUCCUCACAGUCGCUGUGUUAUCGAGCAGGAAGCAGCGUCCAGAGCCGCUCGUUCAGUCAGUCAGUCCGCGAUCAGACACUAGAACCAGGCUGAGAGGAGGACACCUUCACCUCCUCCUCCUCCUCCUCCUCCUUCACCUCCUCUUUCAUCAUUUAAAGCAUAAACUCACUCCUGACCUGCUCCUGAAGGAGGAGGCGUUUUUCUUUUUUUUUUUAAACCAUGCUGCUCCUGGACGAGUCCGAGUCCUUCACAGACCAGACCCACAGCGCCCCCUUCAGCUCAGAGAAUGAGGCUCAGGGCGGCGACCCGGCCGCGUGGCCGUGCACCGCGGCCCCGUCUACCUCACCCCAGCGCCCCCCCCCCUCCUCCUCCCAGCCCGGGCCGCGACCCCACGCCAGGCCGCCAAGCCAAAGACAAAGCCCCGCCUCCCCCGCCGCCCUGACGGGAAACAAGAAGAGGAACUCCAAACCUGCACACAUGAGACGCAACAUCAGGAAGUUGUUGAGGGAGCAUCAGUUGGAGGCCGUGACCAAAGCCGCUCAGCAGGAGGAGCUGGAGAGGAGGCGUCGUCUGGAUCUGCAGAGAAAACCGGACUUCCCACUGCUGCCGGAGUACUCCACAGGCGUAGAGACAAAUCACGCGGCGUCGCAGCAGGAAGUGAAGCCGACCAGACAGGAAGUGAUCUGUCUGGACUCCAGCAGCACGAGCAUCAGCGAGGACGACGGCAAAGCCUCCGAUCUCACCUGCCGCCCCUCCACCACCUCCACCACCUCCACCUCCACCUCCACCUCCUCCACCACCUCCACGACCAAAACAGACGUCAUCUACCUGAGCUCAGGUGAGGACGACGCCAUCGCCCGCGACGCCGCCGCCACCGCCGCCGCCACCACCGAAGAAGAAGAGGAGAGCGAGUCGGGCGGCCUUCACGCCAACGACGCCCUCAACCAGCCGGACGCUCAGGGCAGAGUCCUGGUCAACCUCAACCAUCCGGCCUCCGAGGACGACAUCUUCCUGUCCUCCCAGCUGGCACGAGCUGUCAAACCUCACCAGAUCGGAGGGAUUCGUUUCCUGUACGAUAACCUGGUGGAGUCUGUGGAGCGGUUCGACCGCAGCAGUGGAUUCGGAUGCAUCCUGGCUCACAGCAUGGGCCUCGGCAAAACCCUGCAGGUCAUAUCCUUCAUCGACGUCCUCUUCAGACACACCCAGGCCCACACCGUGCUGGCCAUCGUUCCUGUGAACACGUUACAGAACUGGUUGUCGGAGUUCAACAUGUGGGUCCCGCCCCCGGAGGCGUUGCCUCCAGACACCGACCCGUCGCUGGUGUCGCCGCGAACGUUCAAGGUUCACAUCCUCAACGACGAACACAAGAACACGGCGACGAGGGCCAAGGUGGUGGAGGAAUGGGCUCGGGACGGAGGGGUGCUGCUGAUGGGCUACGAGAUGUAUCGCCUCCUGUCCCUGAAGAAGAGCUUCGUGGCGGGAAGGAAGAAGAAGAGCAAGAAGGCAGCGGGACCGGUCGUCAUCGACCUGGACGAGGAGGACCGGCAGCAGGAGCUACUGAAAGGCAUUGAGAAAGCGUUGGCCCGGCCCGGUCCAGACGUGGUGAUCUGUGACGAAGGACACCGCAUCAAGAACUGUCACGCCAGCACGUCGCAGGCUCUGAAGAACAUCCGGACCCGCCGCCGCGUGGUUCUGACCGGGUACCCGCUCCAGAACAACCUGAUCGAGUACUGGUGCAUGGUCGACUUCGUCCGACCCGACUUCCUAGGUACUCGGCAGGAGUUCAGCAACAUGUUUGAACGUCCGAUUUUGAACGGGCAGUGUGUGGACAGCACGCCGCAGGACGUCCAGCUGAUGAGGUACAGGAGCCACGUCCUGCACAGUCUCCUGGAGGGUUUUGUCCAGAGACGAGGACACGACGUCCUGAAGGACCAGCUGCCCUCCAAGGAGGAGCAUGUGAUCCUGGUCCGCCUGUCCCCCCUGCAGAGGGCGCUCUACACCGAGUUCAUGAACCGCUUCAGAGAGGCAGGAAACUCCGGGUGGCUCAGCCUCAACCCUCUCAAGGCGUUUUGUGUCUGCUGCAAGAUCUGGAACCACCCGGACGUCCUGUACGAGGCCCUGCAGAAGGAAAACCUGGCCAGCGACCAGGACUUAGACCUCGAAGACAUGACCUCCUCCUCCUCCUCCUCCUCCUCCUCGGGAAAUCCCCGAUGUCCGACCUCUCAGAAGCCCAAGAACAACCUGGACACCCCCAACCCCAUCGGAGGGCUGAGCCUCAACCAGCUGCAGGAGAAAGCCAACCAGGUCAUCACCUACGAGUGGGCUAAGGAGAUCAUGUGCGACUACCAGCCCGGAGUCCUGGAGAACUCUGCUAAGAUGGUUCUGCUGUUCCACCUGAUAGAGGACAGCGUGAGGACGGGGGACAAGCUCCUCGUCUUCAGUCAGAGUUUAUCCACCCUCACGGUCAUCGAGGAUUUCCUGGCCAAGAGGCCGAUGCCUCCUCCUCCCGGAGCCAGAGACCGGUCCAACCAGCCCUGGGUCCGAAACCUCAACUACUACAGGCUGGAUGGAAGCACCACGGCCUCAGAGAGAGAGAGACUCAUCAACCAGUUCAACGACCCCUCCAACUCCUCAGCGUGGCUCUUCCUGCUCUCCACCAGGGCGGGCUGUCUGGGGGUGAACCUGAUCGGGGCGAACCGGGUCGUGGUCCUGGACGCCUCCUGGAACCCGUGUCAUGACGCCCAGGCCGUGUGUCGCGUCUACCGCUACGGACAGAAGAAGAAAUGUCACGUCUACCGGCUCGUCUGUGACUUCACGCUCGAGAAGAAGAUCUACGACCGGCAGAUCUCCAAGCAGGGCAUGUCCGACCGAGUGGUGGACGACCUGAACCCCGUCCUGACCUUCACCCGGAGGGAGGUGGAGUCUCUGCUCCACUUUGUGGAGGAGGAACCGGACCCGUCCCAGGUCCGACUGGAGGCCCAGGACCAGAUGGAGAGAGUCCUGAGGGGGGCGCUGCACCUCUACCCCAACCUCAUCACCAAGCAACCGUUCCCCCACGAGUCUCUGCUGAUGGAUCGCAGGGAGCUGAAGCUGAGCAGCGCCGAGAAGAAAGCCGCUAAGAAAGGCUACGAGGACGAGAAGAGGGCGUCGGUGCCCUACACCCGUCCCUCCUACGCCCACUACUACCCGGCCAGCGACCAGAGCCUCACCAACAUCCCGGCCUUCAGCCAGAGGAACUGGCGUCCUCCGGUUCGUACCGAGGAGAAGCCGGUGGCCAGCGUCCGGCCGGUCCAGUCCACCCCGGUUCCUAUGACGCCCCGCCAGGCGUCCUCAGGAUCCGCCCCCAGCGCCGAUGCCGCCAGGUCCGGACUCGGAGGGUUCCCAGUCAACUGCCUGCAGAAGGCCGGCGUGUUCGUGCAGAAGAUCCUCACCACCACUGACAUUGUGAUUCCAGGCACCAACAGCUCUACAGACGUUCAGGCCAGAAUCACAGCUGGAGAGAGUAUCCACAUCAUCAGAGGCACCAAAGGGACGUACAUCCGGACGUCAGACGGACGAAUCUUUGCCAUCAGGGCGGCUAACAAGGCCAAAAUAGGGGACGAGGGCUCAACAGCGCCACCCAAAGACUCUCAAGCCCCGCCCCUGGAGCUUUCCACCAAUGGCAGUAACGGCUGCGCGUCACCUGACAGGAAGCAGCCGGUUCCUUCCAAGCCCGUGCCCCGCCCCCUUUCCCCGGACGGCCCAGAGAUCCUCAGCGAGCUGCAGAGCUACAGCGGUGGGGGAGGAGCCCCGGCGGAGAGGGGGGCGGGCAGCGCCGCCGCCGCCGCCGUCAUCCAGCCCAGCACGGACGCCACGGCGGCCCAGGACCUGAGGACGGGCUCCAAGCGCAAGGCCUCCACCCCCACCCUGGAGGAGCGGCCGGGCAAACAGCCCCCCCCCGGGAGGGCGUCCCAGGGCUUCCCCUACCCCGGGGGCUACGGCCUCCCGCCUCUGGGCCUCAGCUCGGCCAUGUUGGGGCGCCCGCUCUUCAUGGGGGCGGGGCCGCGCUACUUCCAGCCCCCCCACGCUCAGCUCAGGGACCCCGGCUACAUGUACCCGGAUCUGUUCGGCCUCAGCGGCUCCGGCGUCCCCACGUCAUCUUCCUCGUCGCCGUCGACAACCACAACAACCGCCGUCUCAUCUUCCUCAUCAACAUCAUCUUCUUCUUCUUCACUCAAAGCCGCCAGCUCGCUUCCAGGGGCCCUGCCCCCCUUCAUGCUGAGCCCCCCCAUGGCCGGGAUGCUGCCUUCAGGCUUCCCUCUGUCCUACAGCCUCUACCCCGGCUCCAUGCUCCCGGGGGGGCUCCCGGGCCCGGCGGCCACCCCCGGUCCGGCCGGAGCCAGCUUCCUGUCGCAGUACCCCCCCACCGCCGCCGCCUCCAGCUCCUCCUCCUCCUCGUCGUCGCCGUCCUCCUUCUCGCCCUCGGCCCGGUCCGACGGCCACCGGGGCCCCGUCCUGGUGAACGGGGGGGUGGGCGCGAGCAGCGGCAGCAGCUCGGAGGACGAGGACGACGACGACGUCAUCGAGGUGGGGGGGCAGUGAACUCCUCGUCUUUAAAAAGGCUUUGAGGGAAAUGGACGAUUAAAAAUUUAAAAAAAGGAUGACGAUAAAAUGCUGACAAAUAACCCCGCCCCCACUCGCUCCCCCCGCCCCCCCGGCCCCGAGCAACGAAUCCAGGAGGAAAUAAAAACGAAGAGGACUUUGGGCUUCCAAGUUUGUUUUUUGGUUUCUGUUGGCGUCGACGUGUCGAUCACUGGACUGAGUCCUGCUGAGUCUGGGCCUCCUGCAGUGACCACAGGCGGCCACUAGUUGUGCUGUAGAGAUUCUAGCUGCGCAGCUUUCGCUAAAUGUUUCAAGAGCCUUUAACGCUUUCAAUUUAAACAGACAGACCGGCGUCGCUUUAAAUUUAAAAAAUAAAAGGUUAAAAAUAAACGGUUAGCUGGUAGUGACUUUAGUUAUCGUUUGUGACUUGUUGAGUAUUGCUACUGAAUAUUUCUUAAAGAUUUUAGGAAGCGUUUUUGAUCGAACUUAAUGAUUCACUGCCGGGACGGGGGGGACGGGACGGGGGGGUUAUAUACGACAACAGGAUCACGAUGAAUCAACUUUAAAACUUCAGUGAAAGAAUGUAUGAUUAAUCAAAUGCCUUCAUACCAGGCCUUUUAUUCUGAAAAGACUAUUUAGGCAUCAGACGUGGGAAGAACUUUCUUUCUUUCUUUCUUUCUUUUUCAUUUUUUUUUUUUUCUGUGUGUGUAUUUUCUAUUUAUGUAAAUCUUUACUUUUGCCUAAAACAAAAAAAACAGCCAGGUGAUAACGAGAAGAAAACUGUGCUCCAGCGAGGCGACCUUUCCUCCUCGUAGCGGAGGGAGAAACCACCAACAGAAAAUGCCUUUUCUGCCUCCAAACCUUUCUGAAUGUUAACUGUGAGCGAGUCACCCACAGUCUUACUGUAGCCUCGAGAGAAAACCAUGCAAAACUAACUCACUCAAGCCUAUAUAUGUAUUUGUACGACCCCGGAGGAAGUUGAACUCGCCACCAUUUUGUUUUUUUUCUUUGAGUUUACGUUCGUAUCCGCGUUGUUUUUUUUUUUUAAGGGUUAGAAAAGGAAUUUAAAUAGAAGCUCGUCCGGCGAUCAGUCACGUUUUUCUCCUCUUUCAUCUCGUACGUCGGUGUGAAACCAAACCUUUGUCGUCUUUCUCGGAGAGUUGGUGCAGCUUUUUGCCAAAUGCACAAAACACACGAGGAACCUCCGUCUACUUUCUGGUAUUUCAAAUUUGGUUUUAAGCUCUAAAAGGAAAAAAAAAAAUUGCUCGAUGAAAAAUGAAACCAGACAAAGACAAAUUCUUUUUUUUUUUUUUUUUUACGCAGGUUUUGUUUGUGUUUGUUUUAAAAGCAAAUCUGAAAUACCAAAAAAAGGAAAAGUUAAAAAGAGCAUCGUGUCUUAAGAGACCAAAUAAGGUUGCAGAGCAGAACCCAGGGUACAUAUCCACCUCUGCACUGGAAGAGAGACGAGACCAAGCUCCAAUUCAGACUGAAUAUCAGAAAAACCUCCUUCCUAAAAAUGGCCGCCGCUUUAAAAACAAAAAAAUAUAAAAACUCUUUUUUUUUUUUCUUUGUUGAAAAUGGAAACGGUAUUCACUCUCUCUGUACUGAAACUGUUAGUUUACUCAUGUUUUUCUUUUUACAAUGUUUGAAUUUACCAAAUUAAUUUAUUUAUGACGGUGCAUAUUUAUUCAUUUGUAUUUCUAUUUUUGUACAAUGUCUUUUUUUUCAGUUUCUCUGUUAUUUCUGAGUUUUUUUUUAUGGUCAUAUUAGUUUGUUUGCUUUUUUUUUAGUUUUUUUGACCCAACACAUGUGAACCUGUGCACGACUUCAGAAGUUGCGCGUGGACCAAUCAGGUUUAGCAUCUUUGUAGUGAGAUUUGCAACGAGAAAUUAAACAAAACAAGAAAAACUUUAAUACUGAGCUGAACUUCUUCUUACUGACGAGCUCAGAUAAUUAGGACCCAAAUAAAAAUGAAAUAUUUUUUUUUUUUUGUGUUAACCAGUCACGUUUAAUCCGACCACAGCUGAAAGUAAAAAGUGCUUUUUUCCUUUGUUACCAUAUCAUCAGAGCUGUGUCGCCCGCUGACUGGCCGCUCUUCAGUCGCAGCGUUCUACUUGAAUUUAGGAUAUUUAUUUAUAACGGAUGGAUCCGGUCGGAGCAGCCGCCGAGGAUUCAAAUCUGCUGUCUCUGAGCUCCGGUCGAAGCCUGUUGUGUAGAUUUAUCAGUGGAUGACGACGACGACGACGACGACGAUGAUGAUGAUGAUGAUGAUGAUGACGACGUUGUGUGACCUUAGAUCCUUUUUGUUCGUUCGUUUGUUGUCGUUGUUGUUUGUUUUUUGAAGUUUGUAAAUAAACAGAAACAUGCUCUAAA